AUGACCGACUUCCUCGCCCGCGAGAGUGAGCUCCUCGGCGACGAAUUCACCGGAACGCCCACCGGCGGUAGCUACGCGACAGCGGGCGGCGACAUCGACUUUGACCUCGCCGCCUCCGCCUUCCCCGACAUCUCGCUCGAUGGCACGGGCGACAUCCCCACACCUGCUCUCCCCGCAGCCCCCGCAGUCUCCUCUGGCUUCUCCUUCGACGACUUUGCGAGCCCGCCAAGGGAGCGGCAGACGGAGGUGAAGGUCACCGGCGACGAUGAGAUCGAGAAAUUCGAGGACCAGUUCCCGGACAUUGAGGUCCCAGUGCGUUGUCUGCUGGCUUGCCCGCUGAGGCAACCGAGCUUCGGUGCAGCACCCACCUUCGCACCCCAGCCCCAACCAUCAGCAUUCACGUCAACACCCAUAUUCAACCGACCGCCCGAGGAGGACGAGCCAGAGGUCAUCAAACAAUGGCGAGAGCGGCAGGCAGAGGAGAUCAAGGCGCGCGACGAGGCCUCGAAGCUGAAGCGCGAGGAGACCGUCUCCAAGGCCGAGCGUGCCAUCGACCAGUUCUAUGAGGAGUACUCCGCGAAGAAGGAGCGCAACAUCCGCGAGAACAAGGAUCACGAGGAGGAGUUCGUCGCGAAGAUAACCGACUCUCUUUCGAACGGCACGACGUGGGAGCGAAUCUGCGAACUUCUAGAGCUCCAGAACUCGCAGAGCAAGACGAUUGCGCGCGCGGGCCCCGGCACGACCGACCUCACGCGUUUCAAGCAGGUCUUGCUCCGGUUGAAAAGGGAGGGCGAUGCAGCCCCGGGUGCUGCAGGUUACUGA